AUGGGCUCGAUCGAUGAACACAGUUUUUCCGCGCCACCCGAGGUCGUCUCGGUGCAUGGUCUACUAUUUGAUUUUGAUGGCACUAUAAUAGACAGCACCCCUGCUAUCGAAAAGCAUUGGCAUAAACAAGGAAACCUGAUGGGGGUAGACCCCAAGGUUAUAUUGGCCACGUCGCACGGCAGAAGAAGCAUAGAUGUUUUUAAGAUAUAUGAUCCAUCCAAGGCAAAUUGGGAUUAUAUCAGCCACGAAGAAAGCCUCAUACCAAAGGAAUUCGGGCAUGAUGCUGUGGAGAUUCCCGGUGCACGGAAACUCUUAGUGAGUUUAGAAGAGGUCAAUGCUCCGUGGGCGGUAGUGACAUCAGGCACGAGAGGACUGGUGAACGGCUGGCUUGAGGUAUUGAACCUUGCACAUCCCCGCACAAUGGUCGUGGCCGAGGACGUGGAGAACGGCAAACCUGAUCCAACUUGUUACCUGCUCGGUCGACAGCGCUUGAGACUGCCUGACACUGCAGAGAUGCUCGUUGUCGAGGACGCCCCUACUGGUGUGCAGGCGGGCAAAGCCGCUGGUUUCAAGGUCAUCGGCUUAGCCACGACACAUACCAUAGAACAGGUGAAAGGGGCUGGGGCUGACUGGAUCGUACGAGACUUGACCAGUGUGAAGCUCAAUGCGUUCCAGAAUGGGAAGGUAGAGAUUGUCAUCAGUGAUGCCCUGAUCAACUAG